AUGUCAGACUCUGAUAUCGAGGCGACACCUCAUCUAUCAAACGCUACACUUAGCCCAGGUAAUGGCGUUUUGCACCCAGGCUCACUUGACGAGGCUGUAACCUGGCGACUCCUAAGGACAAGGCAACGUCUGAUAGUCAACAACUACUCCUACAAGUACAAACUGGACUCGAGAAGGGUAUGCGAGAAAAAGGCUGUUGUCAUGGUCAUUUGCUUUUCCACGCCCGCGGAAAAUGUGGACGAAAGGGCCAAAUUCAGAGCCCGGAUGAAGGAGUUUAAAGUUUGGAGCAACGCUUUACAUACAGUGCAUAUUUUCUUCCUCGGGUUGCCUCGGGAGGGAGUCGCAAAAGACGUUCAGUUGAAGAUAUCUCACGAGUCGCUAGAGCACGACGACAUCGUCCAGGGAGACUUUAUCGACUCCCCACAAAACGCCAGCCUGAAGACGAUGUUCAUAUUGAAGUGGGUGGCGAUGAAGUGUAGUGGUGCCAGAUUUGUGGUCAAGGCGAGCCUCAAAUGUGAUCUGAACGUGCCGAUGCUGCGUGCCGAACUGACCAAAGCCAGGUCAAGCAGUCACCUUUUUAUGAUGGGACGUUUGGCCACAAAGGACGUUCUAAAAACUAUGGAAAUGAAGCUCGAGUCGGCGAUUCCUUAUAGUGUGUAUAAGCUAGAUGAGUACCCAGAAUUCCUCAACGGAGACGCCGUAGGGUUCCCUAUGGAGGUGGCGGCCAUUACAUUCCAGUUUGCAUUGAGAUUACCACUAUUUCGCUUAGAGAAUGUUUUCUUCACUGGUAUAAUAGCAACCCUUCUUAAUAUUCCUCUGAUUGACAACCCCGCUAUGUAUUUCAACAACUGCACCGACAUUCCCAAAGACCAACUUUUAGGGCCACUCAGUUUUUAA